GAAGAAGAAGAAGAAGAAGAAGAAGAAGAAGAAGAGGAAGAGGAAGAGGAAGAGGAAGAGGAAGAAGAAGAGGAAGAGGAAGAAGCAGCAGCAACAGGCGGCAAAAAGUAAGCUCUUGAUAGUGUGUUGGAAAAAAGAGAUUUAGUUCUCGUCACUAUGGUUCCCAGCACUAUGCUUAUUUAUUGUUUGUCCUUCUGUUGUUUGUCCUUCUGUGCCCUGUGCCCUUCCACACCCUACAUCUCUUUUCUCUUCCAACGACUCUGGGAAUAACCUGAAUGGGGCGGUGAGAGAUAAAUCACAGACAUACAGACACACAGACAGAAGAGCUGUGGUCUCUGAUGGAGAGGCGCCUGCAUUGCUGAAACUCAGCACAAUUAUUGUAUACAGCUGAGGGAGGAGGCAAUUGGCUAAUCUUAGUAGAGCAGUCCCGGGCUGCGGUCAUCUGGGAGGAGGAAGCUGUGACUGUUACUUUUUAUGCACUGAUUUUAGAGUUAAUGAUCAACAGUUUAUCAGCAUCAGUAUCUGAAGCAGAGAGAGGCUUACCGUUCCCCUGAUGAAGAAGGCUUUGCCAUUCAUGUGUCCGAGAUGUUAGGGUCCUUGGCCUGACCAAGCUCUUGCUGGGAAUGCUCAUUCACGUGUGGGUAGGCUCACUCCUCAAAUCAUUUCAUCUGAACUUCUAAAACUUAACUGCAUAGUAUGGAAGCCAGUAAAUAGAUCUGACCCCUAAUCCUUUUUACUGGCUGAUCACAACAGAUCUCUGUUCUGAUUGAAAGGCAAGUAUUGACACAUAAUGAACCAAACCAAGCAAAACCUUUAAUAUAAAUAUUGGAACUUGAAAGGAGCAAAAAUCAAUCCCAAGGCAAACGUCACAUCUUCAUAGAGGUAAGGUAGGACAAGGUGAAGAGAAGAGGGAAAGAAGGAGGAGGGGGAGGGGAGAAGAGAAGGAGGAAGAGGAGGAGGAGAAGUCCACUGUGAUUUUUUCAUACUUUUAAUCCCAGUGCCAGAGAAGCAGAAGCAGGCAGAUCUGUGUGACUUUGACUGCACACUUUGUUUUAACCCCAUUCCCUUCCUCCUACCCCCCUUCUCUCCCCAAAAAUAAAUAGAGGAGAAGGAGAGGAAGGAGAGAGAGGAGGAGGAAGAUGUUAGUUAUCCUUCGCAUUUUUAAAAGUACAGAAUUAAAAUCCUCCUACAUCUUGAGGAACUAACACUCGGAAUAAUAAAAUUGUUUCAUGGUCCCAGGUGAGAACUCAGUGGGUAAACAUUUGCCCAGCAAGCAUGAGGAUGCAAGUUCCAUCCCUAGAACGUAUGUGAGUGUGUAAGGUCUAGUGACCUGUGUUUGUAAUCAAAGCACCGGAAAGGAUGAGGUAAAUGAAUCCCUGAGGAUGACUGGCAAAUAACUUAGCCUGCUUGGCAAGUAGAAGGCCACUGAGAGACCUUGUCUUAAAAGUAAGGUGGGGUUGGGGAUUUAGCUCAGUGGUAAAGCGCUUGCCUAGCAAGCGCAAGGCCCUGAGUUCGGUCCCCAGCUCCGAAAAAAAAAGAAAAAAAAAAGUAAGGUGGAUAAUCUGAACUGGAUAGUUUUAUGUCAACUUGACACAAGCAAGAGUCAUUUAGGGAGAACGACUCAAUUAAAAAAAGUGCCUCCAAAAGAUUUGCCUGUAGGCAAGUGUAUAGUGAAUUUUCUUAAUUACUGAUUGCUACGGGAGGGCCCAGCUUACUGUGGGUUGUCGCCACAUUUGGGAAGGUAGUUCUGGGAUGCUGUAAGAAAGCAGGCUAAGCCAGCUAUGAAGAACAAGCCAGUAAGCAGUGCUCCUCCAUUGCCUCUGCUUCAGUUCCUGCCUCUAGGUUCCUGCCAUGCUUGAGUUACUGCCCUCAUUUCCCUUAGCAACAGACUAUUACAUAGAAAAGUAGCAAAAUAAACCCUUGCCUAAUCAGGUUACUUAGUAAUAGUGUCUUAUCACACCAAGAAAAACCUAACUAAGACAUAUAGAGCUUGAAAAAUAGAAUCUAAGGUUGACCUAUGGCCUAUCCCCCCCUUUCUCUCCAGACAAGAGCAGUAUACCCAGAUUCAAGAUGCUAGAUCUUACUCAGUUCAGUGACACAACCAGUCAAUCUUUACUCUCUUCUCUCAAGGCAUACCUUAAGUGCCAGGAAAGCCAUUAAUUCACACCUAAGCAAUAAUUGACAUUUAAGUUAUGGAAUAUAUGCAUCUAUCCAGGAGUUCAGGGUCCCAAAUCAAUUAUCAAGGUCAACUCAAUAGCUUCAAGAAUAGAACACCAAAGUUAACAGAAAAAGUAUGCUCACAAAUGAAAAAGUAAUCAUAUAAGUAGUUACAUUUAUAAUCCUGUCUGGAGUAGUGACACACACCUCUAAUCUCAGCAUUUAGGAGGCAGAGGAAGGCAGAUCUCUGUGGUUUGAGGCCAGCCUGUUCUACAUAGUCAGCUCCAGGACAGCUAGAGCUACACAGUAAGACCUUGUCUCACAGUUAAUUAAUUAAUCCUAUCAAAAAUAUUUGCUGAUAUAUUUACAACAAGUAAAUAUGCACAUGCACACACAGGCAACACUAAUUGGAUGCAGUAGAAUAUUAAAAGAGGGUAAGGGCAUUAUAUUGGGAGGGGGACAUGCUCAGGAGGAGCUGGAGAUGAAAAAUGUUUGGUGGAUAUGAUUGUAGUACACUGUAUAUACGAAUGAAGUUCUCAAAGGAGAGAUGGAGAUAAGAAAAUAGAGAAAAGAAGUCUGCUUUGACAGUUACAAAAUCUCUUUAUGUUACAAAUACCAACUUGGGGUGUCAGCUGCCAUGUAGUGCAUGGGGUGCAUGUGCAUGAUGAAGAAACCCCAAAGCACCACGAGGGUUUGCAAGUAUGUGGGGAGAGAUGGGAGAAGAAAAGAAGGGAACAGCAGUGUGUACACUGUGGAAAGGAGAACAGGAGACUCAGGGUAGAGAGGAACAGAUUGAUGUGAGUAAUCUGCCUGCUACCUGGGGCCAUGGUGAAGUCCUGGUCUGUGCUGCUGCUGAGGGCCAUGCAAGGGGAUCUAUGUUAAAGUGUGUGGUCCAUGUUACCACAAAAGGCCAAGACAUUCCUGGUCUGGCUGCCUCCUAGAAUCAUCUCAAUGUCUGAAACCUGCUUAGAGUUAGUCCUGCCCCUCACCAGCUAAGACACUGGUUAGAGCCAGCCCUAUGCCUUGCCUGGGAAGCAUGGGUGAGCUGACUUGGAUUUUUAUGAGAGCUGAAGAGCUGGUCCUGUCCCUACCUCACUGAUUUUGUCUGUAUCCUCUCUAAAGAGUGUGUUUAUCACACACGUUUUUCUCUUCUUGUCCAAUAUCUCUGGUACUGUGUGGUUUUACAGCUUUGGGUGAAUGUUUCUUGGCAUUCUUUGCAUUCAAACUAUAAAGUGCACCAGAAGACAGCAUGUUUAAGAAAAAAGGUGAGGGUCUACAGCUAUACCACCCUGAAUACGCCUGGUCUCGUCUGAUCUCUGAAAAGAGAUGAGGAAUAUUCUCAGUGAGACAGUCCAGCAGUAGAUUGAACAUGGGAAUGAAUGUAACAGAAAACACAUUCAUCAGUUUACUCAGUUAAUAGGAAGCAAAAUUACAGAGAUGGCCUUCCACUAGGAGCAAUGUAGCACCAGUACUUGACCUCAUAUUAGAUUUGUGACUCAUGUCCAUGACCCAAUUUGUCAUGGAGAACAAGAGGCAAAUAAGACUUUAACUUGACCACAGAUGGAGGCAAAAACAUUUGCCAGAAAUGCUAAUGAGAACUUAGAUGCUGAGUAGAGAUGAUGCAGCAAUUGGGUUCAUGGCUUAGAUUCUGAGGUUACAGGGGAAUGCCCACUGUCAUUGAGCCAGCGUACUCCAUGUGGUUGUGCAAGGUUGCCCCUGAAUCAUCUGAUCAUUGCUGGACUUUGUGAGCUUUAGGCAGAGAGUACACAGACAUUGUCCUUCCUCUAUCAGGGCUUGGCCUGGCCCUCUAGCCUAGGCUUCUGUGAUUGUCUCAACUGGGCAGUGAUUGCCUCUGAGAUGUUAAUCAGAAAUGGAGCUGCCAUAUAGAUAAUCAUUAAGUACAAUUGUUCACAAACUUAAGGAGAGCAUUCCUUGGAUAUUCAAAUCAAAGUGGGGAAGUGGGUACUCUAUUCACUCUGAAGAUUCUCACACCAACACAAAGUAAUUUUGAGCUCACCCGGGAGGAAAAUGUGUAAUCUUUAAAAGUGAAAGAUUGUAUACUAUGAAGAUCGUAUACUACAUAGGCUCAAGAAAACCCUCAGUGAAUUAUUGAUUUCAGUGACAGAUCCAGCAACUCCUUUAGAAAGGAAAGUCUUUAGAAACAUUGAAGUGCAAUGUGACCAACAACCACGUGCAGUAGAUACUUCGGGGUGCUGGGGAGACACUAGACAAGGAGGGAGGCUGUGAAGAUCACAACUGAAAGCAGAGGGUGCUUCAGCCUCUCAUUAAUGAUUAAUGACUAAUGUACUGGAGUAACAAAGAAUACUGAGCUACUGAGCGGUCUGGCAAGAGGCUAAGAGAAGCCUGCUGAGGAAACACUGGAAAGCCUUACCUCAGGCACUAAGUUGCUAAUUAUCCAGAAGGAAAAACGACAAUGGCCACAGUGGUAGAACUGAGCCCUACAAGUGAGCAGUGUGAGUUUGUCCUAGGUCUGCCAGUGAAUAAGAAGACCCCUCCCCGGAAAGGACAUCGUGGCCAAGCUCUGGGAAAGGUGGAAGAGGAUAUAAUUUCACUGCUCUGCUCACUUCUUUUUCUACUACGGGUUCACUACAGGUUCUCAGCAUUUGAGGAUCCCAAAUUCACUAUCCCGAGUUUAUGUUCCAUGCGCUAUUCAAUAGCCUUCAUCGCACAUAUCUGCAACUUCACAUUGAUAGCACAGAAUUCCAUCAUAAGCAUCACCAUGGUAGCCAUGGUCAACAACACGGACCAGCCAUCCCACCUCAAUAGCUCUACUGAAUGGUUUCCUGAUGGUUUAAACGGUGAUCAACAUGAAGCUUCAAAGCAUCUUUCUAUAAAGGCCCCUGUGUAUAACUGGAGUCCUCAAACCCAAGGAAUCAUCUUCAGCUCUGUCCAGUAUGGCAUGAUGCUGAUGCAGGGUCCUGGCGGAUACUUGGCAGGGAAAUUAGGAACAAAGAAAGUGGUUGGAAUUGCUCUGUUGGGAUCGUCACUGCUCACUCUCUGCAUCCCACUGGCUGCCAAUCUUGGACUAGCUUUUCUCCUGGCAACUCGAGCAGUUCAGGGCUUAACCCAGGGCGCUGGAUAUGGGGGACAGUUUGCACUCUGGCAGAAGUGGGCUCCUCCAAAUGAACGCAGCCGACUCUGCAGCAUUGCCAUGUCAGGAAUGAUAUUGGGAAUCUUUGCUGUGCUCCUUGUGGGCGGCAUCAUUAGUGAAGCCCUCGGGUGGCCCUUUGUCUUUUAUAUCUUUGGAAGUAUUGGUGUGGUCUGCUGCCUUCUCUGGCUCAUUCUGGUUUAUGAUGACCCUGUCUCUCACCCAUGGAUAAGUAGCCCAGAAAAGGAGUAUAUUUUAUCCUCCCUGGACCAACAGUUCAACUCAGAAGAGCAACCACUUCCCAUCAAAGCUAUGCUCAAAUCUCUGCCUCUCUGGUCCAUGUGUCUUUGCAGUAUGACCCAUCAGUGGCUUGUUAACACCCUUAUAAUAUAUACUCCAACCUACAUCAGUUCUGUGUUCAAAGUUAACAUCAGAGAUAAUGGGCUCCUGUCUUCUCUUCCCUUUUUUGUUGCCUGGGUCAUUGGUAUCCUGGGAGGCCUGCUGGCAGAUUUCCUACUAAGCAAGAAUUUUAGGCUCAUAACUGUGAGAAAAAUCAUCACAAUCUUAGGAAAUACUCCCCCUGCUGCCCUUGUUGUGGCUCUGCCCUAUGUCCAAUCCAGCUAUAUUGCAACAACUACAUUUCUGACCCUUUCCUGUGGACUAAGCCCUCUAUGUCAGUCAGGAGUCUAUAUUAAUGCAUUAGAUAUUGCUCCAAGGUAUGCCAGCCUUCUCAUGGGAACAUCAAGAGGGCUCGCACAUUCAUCUGCUGUAAUGGUACCCAUUGUUGCUGGCUUUUUCCUCAAUCAGGUGCUUUAAUCCUGGACUUCAGUGCAACUACAGAAGAGAAUGACUGUCAUACAGCUGUGAUAAAACAUCAUGGCCAAAGCAUUGUGGGACAAAAAGAAUUUAUUUCACCCUACAACUCUCAGGCCACAGUUCAUCACCAAGAGAAGACAGUGCAGGAACUCCAGGCAGAAACUGAAGCAGAGGCCAUGGGGAGUGCUGCUUACAGGCUUGUUCUCCAUGGGUUGCUCAUGCUGCUUUCUUAUACAACUCAGCACCACCUACCUGCCCAAGGUUGGCACCACCCCAAGUGAUCCAGGUCUUCCAACAUCCAUCAUUAACCAAGAAAAUACUAUAUAAGACUUGUCUAUAGGCAAUCUGAUGGAAGCUUUUCUCAUCUGGAGUCCUUCUUUCCAGACACCUCUAGCCUGUGUCACCUUGACACAAUAAAUCAACCAGGACAAUGACCAAGGAGAAAACUGAUUGUUCCUGAGUAAUAAAAAUAAUUAACAUCACUAAACAGUCCAAAAAUGGCUUAGUAGCAUGGCAAAGGCCAAGCUAUGAGCAACAAGGGUGGGGUUCAGUCCUGAGCAGUCUAACCCAAGAGACUGCUUGAAGCUUCUACCACACACCAUCCAUGAAGGUGUGUUCUACUUGGAUCAGAAACACUUGCCAAAAGUCAACAAACUGUACCUGUUCUUUUAUUAAAUCUUUAUGACAACCCCA